GUGCCGCGCUGCUGCGCACCUCGUAGAUGUGUGGACGCACCCCCUCUUGAAGGGCAGGUGGCGGCAGGCCAUCUCGGACAUCCAGGUGCUCUACCCCCCUGGGAGUGUUAUUUUCUCAGGCAAGCGCGCGCCCAUUCACUGCCAGAAACAACUGGCGUUCGUCCGGAUAGGCAAGACCAGUCCGCAGUGCAACCUGAAGCUCAUCGACUGGAAGGGCGGCGACUUCUUCACUUUCGACGCGGGCGCCAGUAUCAGGAUCGACCUUCCAGACCAGCACAAAUGGGAGGUGGGGGCGAUGAGCAGCAGCGCUGCGAGGCUGGUCGAAACGAUGGGCGCACAAGCUGGAUACAAUCUCCGGGGCCCCUGCGCCAGUGCGCUGGUCACCUCCAACAAGCUGCUGCUCGUGGAGACGCACCGCGCGGCAGAGGAGUGGAGCACCCGGCAGACGGGGGAGUGGCGCCGCGACCCCGCCACAGCGGCGGAGAGGAUCAAACGCCACCCUUCUGACAAGACGCCGGGGGCGAUCGCGCAGGUCCAGGCCACUCAGAACCAGCUCGCAGUGGCCCCAACUACGGCUCUCCACGCGGAUGGGCCCGACGACGCGCGCCUGGACUCCCUGCGGGUGACGGUUGAGCUGCCGCUCGGGGUCGCUGGCCCGUGCAAAAUGUGGAUGCCGCACUUCGUGAAGUGCGUCGGCGACGUCUGCCCGCUCGAGCUCAAUGAGGCGACAGAGGAGGAGGCGCUGGACUGGCACCGGUGGCGGCCGAUCAUGAACUUCGACAGCGGUUGGUCUGGCAAGAUUGUUGUGCAGCUGCUCAACCGCCAGGAGUUGACGACGACGCGCGCGGCCAUGCAGGGGCGUGGGGCCCGCAUCCUGGACCACGUGGCUGCCAUUAACGCCAGCUCGGACCGCGUCGGGCUGGGCGUGCACCAUUGA